CUAAAUAGUGCCCGGCCUGCGCUCCCAAACCCCGGGGCCUCGGGGGCCCGCCCCUGAGUGGCGUGUGGCGUGGAGCUGUCCUCCUUAGAGCGGUGGCCGGGCCGGCGGCAACUUGUGGUAGAGCCCCGGGAAGAGGGAGCGGCCUUCACGAAGCCAAGCCGUCCGAGGUAACCUAGAAGCGGCUUCCGCUUUGGCGCCGGCCCCGGAGCCUCCGAGAGACUGCGGCCGCUGCUUGGAGCCGCUGCACAGCGGCCGGUGGUGUUUCCGAGCCGGGCGACAGGACUGUUUGGGGCGAGGCCAGUCGUCAGGCUCGUGAGGCCGCUUUCUCCAACGUUUGUGCGGGUGGCGCCCAGGGCCGCGCGGCGGGAGCCCGCUCGGACACUGCCCGCAGGUACAGUGCUCACGGGCGCGCCCGGGCGGUCGUGUUCACUUUCCCGCCUCCGCCGGCGUUUCCUUUACUGGCUGAUGUUACUGCGGGAGAAACGGGCGGUCCAGCCUCAGUCAGAUCAGCUUCCUCUGAUGCAAAAGCCUGGGAAGUGUCCCCAGCGCCUCAGAGCCGUCGGGAGCCGGCCGUUUGUGAACACCGUGGCUUCCUGGGCAGAAUUUCGGUGCCCUUUCUGCUGGAUCACCUCAGGGAAAGUGAGCCUCACGAGGCUCUCCUCAGCCUCGCUUAGAGGUCUAAAUGAGCCCUGGAGAAAUGUAGCGGCUGAAUGUAAUCAUGACCAACUAACAUGCUGUCCUUUUUCUUCCAAUUGACAUUUGGAUAAACAUUUUGUGAACAAGGAUCAGCUGUAAUUUUUCCUAGGUCAAGUAACGAGAAAUUAAAAAUACAGGUAUAGGACUUACCUCGUGGCGCAGUGGUUGGGAAUCAGCCUGCCAGUGCAGGGGACACAGUUCUAGCCCUCGUUCAGGAGGAUCCCACGUGCGGCGGAGCAGCUAAGCCCGUGGGCCACAAAUGCUGAGCCUGCGCUCUGGGGCCCGCGAGCCACAGCUACUGAAGCCGGAGCGCCUAGAGCCUAUGCUCCUCAAUGCGGCGUGGCCCCAGUCGUUGCAACUAGAGAAAGCCCACGCGCAGCAGCGAAGACCCAACACAGCCAUACGUACAUACAUACAUACAUAAGUGAAUUUGGAAAGGAAAGGAAAAAUACACAGCUCUCCUGCCAGUUUUCAUACAAUGGAAAGGAGCACCUCAAAUGUUCCAGGAAGUGAAGGCUUCCAUCUUCCCAAAAGGAUAAAGGUCAUAGAAGUUGUACCCUCUUACUGAAGACAGACUAGGACGAUAUGUUGAAAUUUAAGAGAAACUCAGAAUAUUCUCCUGAUCUUUCCUUUACACGGAGAGGAUGGCAUAGGAAGUGCAUCAGUUAAAUCUUUGGAUAAUCCCCAAACUCCUUGGAGCCAGAAGAAGAUCGUUUUAUUGAUUUUGUUCCAGACCAGACUGGGCCUCAGUUUUCAGAGGUAGUGCUGGAGGUGUGUCCAAUACAGGAGCAGAAUUGUUCCUCGAGAAGAAUGAUGACCAUAGAUCUGAAGGUGGCUGAGUACUUGAACCCUCAGAUCAGGACUCUGUGGGAGACCAAGGGACCUGUGACAGGGAGCUCCAGUCAGCAUAAGAAAUAUGCCCCCCAAACGGACAGUCCCAGUCCUGAGAGGUCUCACCAGCACUUCCGGAGCUUCCUCUAUCAUGAAGCAGCUGGACCCCGGGAGGCUGUUGACCAGCUUCUGGAAUUAUGCCGUCAGUGGUUGAGGCCAGAGAUUCAUUCAAAAGAGCAGAUCUUGGAACUUGUGGUGCUAGAGCAGUUCCUGUCCAUUCUGCCCAGGGACACCCAGACCUGCAUAAAGAAGCACCAUCUACAGAGCAUUGAGGAGGCUGUGGUCCUGGUAGAACACUUGCAGAGGGAAUCUGGUCAAACGAGGAAUGGGGUUGCAGACCAUGAGAUGGGAAAGGAGGCAGUGCUCUUGGGAGAAACAGCAGAGGUCCCAGGCUUCAAGCUGAAGCCAGCAGAGGCCGAGCAAGUGGGCAUGUCCCAGGAUGAAGAAUUUUGGAAUACACACCAGAGUCUACAAGAGCUGCUGAUCAGGAAUACCCACAAAGAAACUGAGCCCGUAUGUGAGAGGGAGCUUGUUGACCUUUGAAGAAGUGGCCAUGUAUUUUUCCCAAGAAGAAUGGGAGUUACUGGAUCCUACUCAGAAGGCCCUCUACAAUGAUGUAAUGCAAGAAAACUAUGAGACUGUCAUCUUUCUAGCCUUAUUUGUGCUCCCCAAACCUAAAGUGAUCUCCUGUCUAGAGCAGGGGGAAGAGCCGUGGGUUCAAAGAUCCCUGGAGUUCAAGGACAAUUCUGGAGAGCUGCCUACAGGGCUAAAGCUCAAAAAUGAC